AUGGACUCCUUCAACUCCAAAGUCUACGCCAUAACUGGGAUAUCAGGCAUCGGCCUCGCAGUUGCCAAACAACUCCGCAAAUGCGACGCCCUCGUCUCUCUCGCAGAUAUUUCCCAACCCGCCCUCGACGAAGCCUUCGCGGCCCUUGGCUCCUCAGCCGACCACGUCCUCAUUACAAGGGUCGAUGUCUCCUCCUCCGCCCAGGUCAACGCCUGGAUUGCAGCCACUGUGGAUAAGUUUGGCCGUCUGGACGGUGCGGCAAAUAUGGCGGCCGCCAUUGAGAAACACCACGGUAUCCGCGAUUUGGUGGACCAGGAUGAUGACGAGUGGGAUGUGAUUAUGCGGGUAAAUUUGACAGGGAUGAUGUAUUGUGUACGGGCUGAAUUGAGGGCUAUGAUGGCAGCGCGGCAGGGGGAUUCUGCUAUAGGUGCUGGUGCUAUAGGUGCUGGUGCUGGUGCUGGUGCUGAGGGCAUUGGGAAUAUUGUUAAUGCCGCGAGUAUCCAAGGUGUUAUAGGGUUCGGGAAAUCUGCGACGUAUUCGGCCAGUAAGCAUGGCAUCGUAGGAUUGACGAAAUUGGUGGCCAAAGAGGCUGCUCCAGGUAUCAGAGUGAAUUGCAUCGCGCCGGGAUCGAUUCAAACACCUCUGCUUGAUGAAGGCAGUGCUAUACAAGGACGUCUCAACCAUAUACCUGGUGCUAUAUGCCGAACAGAGACGGCAGACGAGGCCGCAAAGGUAGUAUUAUUCCUGCUCAGCGAUGCAGCCUCAUUCGCGACAGGAGCCGUGUAUAACAUAGACGGCGGCUGGGAUUUGCAAGGCGGAUAG